GUCUGGCUUGCUCUGCAAGAGGCGCUCGGUCCAAGACGAAGAAAGCUCCGCUCUCUGCAGUGCCACCUGCCACACGCUCUGGUCCAUGACAUGCGCAUUAUGACGAGAUAUUGCCUUCGCCUGGAAGUAGUUGCGACGGCAGUGUUGGUCGGGCUGGUGGUGGCAUCGACAGCAUUGGCCUUUGUUGCACUUCCAUCACCACUGCCGAGAAGCCCCCGAUAUCAUCAGCGCUUGUAUGAUGCGGCGGCGCCUAGGCCGCGACGGGAGAAGCCAAGGCCCCAGCGGCAGCAAGUGCAGUGUCUGACCAAAAUCCCGAGCGGCAAGGACCCCUACGCGGCGGUGAAGAAGCAGACGGCGGAGGCGACACAGGACGCCAUCAACGCGGGAAUUAAACUGAUCGAGCUGGAGUUCCCGCCAGUACGGGGUAAGCUGGACAUCUCUUUGGGGGAGACACUGGAUGCGAACCGAUCCUUCGCUCGGGAACUAGCGCGGUCGUUCUCAGCGCGGAUGGGCAAGGCGCUGUGGCUGGUCUUUCCGGACGAUGCAGAGGCUGAACUCGCACAGAACACGUACGGGGGCACCACGUUUCGGGUCGUGGGCAUCAACUCCGCCAUCAAGGACCUCAAGGACGAGGAGUGUCAGAUGCAGAUCGUAGUCAACCCAGGCUUCGACGUGAACGAGUGGAUCGUGCUGGACUCGCUGGUUCGCCCGGACGUGCCCAUGGUCAUGCUGAACGGCAACCUCGACAAGCUUCGGGGAGGCUACUACCCGCGCAUCUUCUUCCCCGGCCUGUACAACGCCAAGGAGAGAUUCCUCAAGAAGUUCGAGACGGUUUACUACCUCAAGGCUCUCCCGGGGGGCUGGAUUUUCCGGCGAGCGCCGGAAGACUGGCAGGUCGUCUCGGCAGCCCAGUCGGAAAAGCGGGGGCAGCGUGCGGCGGAGUCGAAAGUGCUAUCGUCGACCCCCGACAGGCCGGACUACAAUACGGCGGUGAAGACUGUUCAGGCAGCCAGGCGUGAGGCCGGGAAGAGUUGA